UAUAAAAGCAAAACAAAAAUAAACAAAAACAAUUUUAUAAUUUCCUAUUUCAAUGCUUUUUUAUUGUUUUUCUUAUAAAGAAAAUUAAUUAAUGCAUUUUUUCGUGAAGAAUUGAAACUAUUCUAUCAUAAUUUGUGCUAAUUUUGCAGAAUCAUUGUGAAUUUUGUGUUUGUUUUGCCAUGAAAAAUUUGGUGAUUUUCAAAUUAGCUUCCGAUGAGAAUUCUCAGCAGGAAAUCCUGCAAAAAUAUGCAGAAAAUGGAAUUCUUGCUACAUUUAUAACACCUUUGGUCUUUGCAUUUAAGAACCUAAAGGAAUGGGGAGCAGUUUUGCAAGGAGAGAAGGAGAAUUUCCUGGGAAUAAUCUUCACAAGCCCUCGAAGUGUUGAAGCAUCAUUGGAAGCUCUCUCCCAUGGAAACUCCCUUCAUUCUUCCUGGCAUACUGCACACAAUUACUGCGUGGGCCCCACUACGUCACAAUUAGUGAGCUCAAAACUCGGCCUUCAGUGUCAAGGGGAGGAUUCCGGGAAUGCUGAAGUUCUUUCGGCGUACAUUCUGGAAGACAUGGCAAGCAAGGGCUUCACCAAGGGUACUUUCCUCUUCCCGUGUGGGAAUCUCAAGCUUGGAAUAUUGGAGAGGAAACUCCAAGAAGGUGGAUUCUUCGUUCAACCGUUUGAAAUCUACGAAACAAUUUGCAAUCCCGAACUUGAAGAUGACUUUGAGAAGAAUUUCCCCAAAGAAGCUGAAUAUCUCUUAUUCUACAGCCCUUCCUGUGUUGCCUUUUCCCUGCCGAUUCUCCGGAAGAGAAGGGAGAAUGUGGAAAAGCUCAAAUUCAUAGCAAUUGGUCCCAGUACUAAAAAAUCCAUUGAAGAUGCUGGCAUUGAAGUCUUCAGAGCUUGCGAAAAACCUACAUUGGAGCAUGUUUUGAAGGAACUAUCUUAGAAAUAAAUUUAUUCUUUUACUA